UUCGCCGCCUCCCGCCGGCACCGAGCGGCUCGCGGUGUCGGCACUGCCCGGCUGCCGCCGCCGCCGCCCCGGCCCCGCCCGUGCCCGCGCCGGGACAUGGACUCCGACUCCUGCGCUUCGCCGUUUGCCCCGGAGGACUUCUCCCCCGGCUCCCGGCGGCACCGCACCGUGGAGGACUUCAAUAAGUUCUGCACCUUCGUCUUGGCCUACGCCGGUUACAUCCCGUACCCGCAGGAGGAAACGCCGCUGAGGAACAGCCCCAGCCCUCCCAACAGUACUGGAGGUACGAUUGACAGCGAUAGCUGGGAUCCUCGCUUCAAUGACACCCCCUCCUCUGUCUCCCUGCCCACCAAGAACAGAAAGAACUUUAGCCAGCUUAAGCGAGCAAAACCGUAUGGUUCCCUGUUCCAGCGGGCAAAGGCCAGCAACUUCCUGCCAGAGAGAAAGCAAGUCGAUAAGAUCAGGAAGAAGAAAAAGCUGAAAAGGAGGGAAACAGAGGUGUCUGCAGAGGAGGACUAUGAGGAGAAGCUGCUGGAUCUGGAGGCAGAGGACUCUUACGCAGAGACGCCGAUGAGCCCCUCGUCAGAGGGCGACCCUCAGUCUGUGACUGAGCACUGCUCAGUGUGGGACUCUGACACCCCGUCCAGCGUCUCCUACCCUGCUGUGACAGCCGAGCAGACGGUGGAGAUCCAGAGCGUGGGCAAGCGAACGGUCAUUCGGCAGGGCAAGCAGGUGGUCUUUCGGGAUGAAGAUGGCACUGGUGAUGACGAGGACAUCAUGGUGGAUUCAGAUGACGACUCGUGGGACCUGGUCACUUGCUUCUGCAUGAAGCCUUUUGCUGGGCGGCCCAUGAUCGAGUGCAACGAGUGCCACACUUGGAUCCACCUCUCCUGCGCCAAAAUCCGCAAGUCGAACGUCCCAGAGAUCUACAUCUGCCAGAAGUGCCGGGACUCCAAGUUUGACAUUCGCCGCUCGAACCGCUCCCGGACGGGCUCACGCAGGCGCUUUCUGGACUAGGGGGGAGGCACGUGCUGGUGCUCUGCGUGGGUGGGAGAGCCGUGGGUGCCGGCUGGGAGGCCGGGGAGGGCUCCCCUGAACUGCUGCUGCUCAGGCAGGAGGGCUGCCCAGCCGGCCUGUGGCCCGGGAGUGAGGAAUCACCGAGCCGCGGGCAGCCAGAGCUGGGAGAGGCUGACUGGGCAGAACUGUGGCGAGAGACUCUCGAGGGACAGACAGAGCUCUCUGAGCUCAUUGGAGUUUUGUCUGGUUAUGGUGACUGGGUGAUGUACUAUACCUUUGCCAAGUAGGUUUUCUCAUCCCAUUGGGAAACUGCAAAUCUUCUCUGUGCUAGAAAACUCCUCCUCCUCCCAAAGAGGGAGGGGAGGUGGAGGGAGUCUGUGUGAAGAGUCUGAAAAGUAAAUGGCCCUGUGUUUUAAAUUCAA